UUCUGUUGAGUUAUGGGAAACACUUGAAUUGAAAUAUGGAUCUGUUGAAAAAGGUUUAAGUCGUUACUCUUGUGAAAAAAUGAUUGAGUUUCAAAUGAUUGAUGGAAAAUCUAUUUCAGAUCAGAUCCAUGAAUUUGAAAACAUUGUUUAUGACAUGAAAUUGAAAGGAAUUGUUUUGCCUGACAUUAUGCUUGUGGCUUUCAUGAUAUCAAAAUUGCCUCCUUCGUGGACUGAUUUUGCUCGAAGCUUGAAACAUAAACAUGAAAGUUUUACCUUUGAUGAUUUGCUUGUCUGUCUCCGCAUUGAGGAUAAACAUCGUUCAUCUCAAAAACACUUGCAAAAAUCUGAUUCUCACUCUAAGGCCUAUCUUGUUGAGAGCUCUAGCAAACCUUUCUCUAAGUCCUUCAAAAGGCAUGGGUUUAACAAAAAUAAAUUUGGUAGAAAGCCUUCAUUUUCUAAAAAUAAGAACAAUGCUUUUAAUAACAACAAUAAGCCUAAGGAUAAAAAUUCGGGGAAUGAAAUUUUUUGCUUUGUUUGUGGGCGAGCUAAUCAUUUGGCUAAGAAUUGUUUUCAACGUCAUCGCCAGCCCACGUCUUUCCCUAAACCGCAGGCUAAUGUUGUUACCACCAGUGCUGCCUCUGAUUCCCCAUCUGACAGGAAUCAAGCACACGUACUGUGAGCAUGGGGAAUGGGAGUAUGGCACAUGUGUUAGGAGAAGGUCAAGUGAAGCUAGAGCUAUCUUCGGGAAACUUUAUUGUUUUAGAUGGUGUCUAUCAUAUUUCUGAUAUUAGGAAAAAUUUAAUAAGUACUUCUUUGUUAGUCCAACAAGGGUACAAGGUUGUCUUUGAAUCCAAUAGAGUUGUUAUUACGAGACAUGGUAAUUUUAUUGGUAAAGGCUACAUUUGUGAUGGUUUGUUUAAGUUAAAUCUUAUGUCUCAUUCUAUUAAUAAAAUAUCCAAUAUUUCUUCUUUUGUUGCAAA